AUAACCUCAGUAUAAAAAGUACUCGAUUUGACGCAUCAAGAACUGUCAAGCAUUAUUGAAAAACAAGAUUUCAAAUUCGAAUCAUCUGUAUUAUUAUCGCUUAUUGAUACCUAAUUAUUACUCCUCCACUAUGAUGGAGAGACGUAGUUUUUUUACACCUACCACAAGUUAUUAUCUCAAGACAAAUUAGAGACGAAUUAUUUAAGUUCUUCUCUCCGAACUUGAGCUACAAUUGUAUUUCAAUCAUUAUCAUUAAAAUCCUGACAAGUUGCAGAUAGGCGAAGGCAAUAUCACCAAAAAUGGCAUCAUCUAGCGUCGAGGAAUUUUUAUCAGGUCCUCUUGUCACCUGGUUCACAAGCUGUCUUGAGGACCCCGAUACUGUCGUCAGUUACCAUGAUUUGGUUGAUGGGGUUGUACUACACGAUGUAUUCUUACAAAUAAAUCCAGAACCCUUGCACGAUGGGGUUGUACCUAGUGUAGGGAACCCAGUGAUACGAACAAAAAAUUUGGAUGUAAUAAUAGGAAAUGUUAAACAAUUCUAUGAGGAGGAAUUAGGUCACCUAGUACUCGUGUUACCUGAUGCCACAAAGCUGGGAAAAGACCCGGAAAGCGCCAUUGGUGAAACUAAAUUACUUUUGCUACUGCUGCUUGGAUGUGCUGUCCAAUGUCCUAACAAAGAGAAAUUCAUCACUAAAAUCAAAGAUAUGGCCAUCGACGUUCAACUAGCAAUUGUCGAUUGUAUAAAACAGGUGACAGAUGACCAGAGCAUUGUCAUCACUCAAGAAUGGAUGGAAAACGUCAACAUGGGUGUUUUAUUCAACCAAAUUAGACGGUUGGUUCAUGAACGAGACAUAUAUUAUGAGAAAUGGAAAGGAUCAGGGGCUACCGAAAAUGCGGACAAUAACGAGUCUGUCACAAGUGUUGAGAUUGAGGAAAUGAACAAGUUGCACCAAAUGAGCAGCAUUGCCAAAUCGGACAGAGGCAACAACCAUCAUCAUGCCGUCGAACUAGCUGAUUGGAAAUCAAAAGUCAGAAAACAACGACAAGAACUCGAAGAGAAGACUGAGGCCUUAUUAGAGUGCAAGGAGGAAAUGGAACAUACAAAGGCAGCUCUUGUCAAACUUAGACAAGAGAACCAAGAACUGAUGCAUGAAGCUCGCACGGCAAAAUCCUACAGAGAUGAAUUGGACGCUGUCAUCGAACGCGCCGAGCGAGCCGAUCGUUUGGAGAUAGAGGUCACGCGGUACAAAGAAAAAUUAGCUGACAUUGAAUUUUAUAAAACUAGAAUCGAAGAAAUACGGGAAGAUAACAGAGUUCUGAUGGAAACUAGAGAGAUGCUGGAGGAACAAUUGAUGACGACAAGAAGGCGGUCGGAUAAAGUGCCUGAGUUGGAAUCAGAAAUAAUAAAGUAUAAGCAGCUUCUGAAUGAUGCAUCUUUGGAACGAGAAGCUGAUAAGGAAAGAUACCAAGAAAUUUGCGAUGAGAAUGCACAACUCCGAUGUAUAACGAAGGGGAAUUUGAACGAGCCUUCAAUAUCACCUUCUAUGAGUGAUUCCGAAGAGCCAGCUACCGCAGAUAACAGCCUCUCAGAACAGCUGACAAACAAUGCGCAAACUAGAGCGUUGAAAUUAGAGCUAGAAAAUCGACGUUUGGUUACAUUAAUCGAUUCCCUCCAAGAAAAUUCUUUCCACGAAAACUCGACUAGAGUUUUGGAGCUUGAAAAAGACAAAAAGAAAUUGUCGUUGAAAAUAAGUUCGUUGAAUGAUAACUACGAACGAUUGACACAGCAGAAUGCAGAUCUUGAAAGAAUAUGUAGAGAUGCUCUUGAGGAGAAUAAAAAACUCCAAGACUCCUUAAACAAUAAACGCACAUUAGUCGAUAAGCAGCAGCUGGAAAAUCAGGCGCAGUCAGUGAAGAUAUCAGAAUUGGAACGGAGUCUUGAUUUAGCGAUUAAAGAAAAGCAGCGAAUUCAAUCUCUCCAAGAAAGUGCGCAAAGACGAGCUGACGACCUGGAGAAAUCUCUCGACUCAGCAAACUCAAAAUUGGAGGAGAUGAAUAACGUCGAAGGCCGGCUCUCUGAUACAUUGCUGAGGUGUACGGAACUACAAACAAAACUUGUCACCUUAGAAAGGGAAAAGGAGAACGCUCAGCGUGACGUCAACAAAUAUCGACUCACGAUCGAAGUAAGUGAAAUAAUCCCGGGAUACAACUCAGAAUCAAAAGGAAUGAUUAUUGUGUCGUUAAAUCUCACUGUUUUUUCGCAGGACAAGGAUAUCGCACUCGACAAAGCAGCGAACGAGAUAGAUAUUACUAAUAAAACCAUAGCGCAAUUGAAACAGGAAGUUGAUGAGUACAAUUCCCAAAUUUCCAGGUUGCGAGACAUCGAAAGAUCCAGCAAAGAACUAGAUUCUCGCGCUGCUAUUGAUAGAGAGACCUUGGAAGCGUUGCAGUCAGAUUUAGUGGCGGAAAAAAUGAAUACUCAGCAUCUUUCAACGGUGUUGGAGAAAUUUGGUGUGAAUAUUAACAUGCUAUUGUCACUACCAACAGAUGAGAUAUUGGAAACGAUUGCUAAAGUACCGGAAGUUAUCGACAACGUGAAAAAAUUUGUUUCUGUUGAAACUCUGGCCUUAGAUAUAAAAUCAGAAAUUGAGAGUUCACCCACCGUCAAUGACAUUGACACCAUUACUGAACAAAAUCGUUUGCUGGCUACUGUAGAGACACUGGAGAUGGAAAGUAAGAAACUGCGUUCUGAACUGACAGCAUCGCAAGUUACUUCAGACAAUCUUUUGGAAGAGAAUGCUAAGCUUCAAGUAAAUAUUACAACGCUACAGUCACAGAAUACCUCGUUGACGACCCAGCAUACCGCCCUCCAAUUAGCCAACUCACAACUUGUUGCUGAGAAGGAAGAGCUUUUGAAAGAACAGACAACUCACGAAACCAUCCACGCUCAACUACUUAAUGAUCAAAUAGCUCUUCAAAUACUCCAUGAGGGGUUGAACACAGAGUACGAAAAAUUACUUCUAGAACGAGAAGUAGUAAAAUCGACCCUUCGAGAUGUUAAAAAUGAAGCCAGAGUUUUGAGAGAGACCAAUCAAAAUCUGGAGUCAAAAGUUAAAUCCCUUCAAGUCGAGAGGGAAACUCUGAUCAACAACGCUAAGAGCCUCAACAAUCUAAGAGGAGAACAUUCGAAGUUGAAGGAGGAUUUCAGAAAUCUAUUUACGGCAACAGAGAAGCUAAAGUCCGAGUACAGAAACUUACAAGAGGAUUAUAAAAAUAAUAAAAUGGAGACGAAUCGUUUGAGUCUCAAGCAGACUGAAACCAAUGGAGAACUCGUACUUAAAGAUGAAAGAUGCUCCUAUUUAGAAUUUGAAAUGAGCAAACUCAAUCAACGAUGCGAGAUGUUGCUGCAAAUGAACUCGGGUUUGGACAACGAUAGACGUUCAUUAAUGGACCAUGUCAGUCUCCUUUUGAGCCAGUAUCACGAAUUACUGACACAUUCGCUCGACGACAAGGAGCACUAUCACAUGGAGGAAAAAUUAUUUACGGACAAAGUCAACAAUCUCUGUCGACAGAAAGAAAAACUUGAGGAAAAGAUAAUGGAGCAUUAUCGUAAGCUUGAAAGUUGUUCAACAAAAAAAAAAGGGUUUGGGGCUAGUUUUGUAAGAAGAGUUAGAAAAGCUGGCUCCGAACUUCUAAAUAAGAAUCGCCGAUCUUGGGCAGAGGACACCAAACAAAUGGAAGGAAAAACCUACGAAUCUGAAUCUGGUGGAAACGACUCCGAUGCCAGCAUAGAUGAUGUGAGACCUACAAGAGAAAAAUCAGACACAAAUGAGCUGAGAAAUGAUCCGCUGUCGUUGGGAUACCCUGGAACACGUAGAACGGUUUACUACACGGAUGGAAUUCCAACGAGUGCGACCACUCUGGAUGGACAGGGGGUUCCAGAAUCGUCGAGAAAAAAAGAUGGAGAAGACAGAAUCAGGGGUCUAGUUGACGCGAAUGUGACUCCUGAAUCGGAAGAGCAAAAUAUAAAGCACCCAGUGUUGAUAUACAACAAAGUUUCGGCGACAAUAAAUGAAUCACGAAAUAUUUCUACAAGUGAAAAAGAUAUUCCUAAUAAUGAGGAGGGUGUAACAGUGGAAAGAUCGUCGGAAAAAGAUGUAAAAGCUGGAUCAGUUUGGUAUGAAUAUGGCUGCGUAUAAUUGAAUCCACGAACUAUUGAGUUUUAAUUAUGUUAUAAUUGCGUUACGAGUACAAAUUGUAAAUAUUAGUGCUUAUUUUACUAUUGCUUUACGGCAUAUUUGUAUUGAAGUAUUAUUUUAAGGCUGGAUAGUUUUUAAGGGAACAAACGAGAAUCCCUUUCAACAUUUAUAACAGUUACCGAAUGUGGGCUUAAUUUAUCGAUAACUUUAAGCAUUUAUAUUUGAUGGGGUAAAAAUUGUAGUUAGGAUUGCUCCCUCGAACGGAGUAGAAGAUGAAAUGGUUUAGGUGUCAAAAUCUUGUUCUUAAUAAUGUUAAAUCUAAUUAGUACCUCAAUAAGACUGGUCUUUUAACGAAUUUACUCACCUCGCUCUAGAGAGGCCCGAUAUGCAGUUUCAGUGUAGAAAAAGAAAUUGAUUUACGCAUUUUUUUAUUGAUAAAGUUUUCGUUUUCGAGAGACAAGACUUUGUCAGGUCUCAUGCUGAAUCGAUGGCAUGCUUUUUAUUCGACUAGAAGUAAGUAGAUGAUGACGUAGAUCUUGCAGAAAUUAUAAACAAAGCACUCUUGUUUUUACGCCAAAAUAAAGAAUCAGGAUUCGUUAUAGAAAUGCACCUACUCAAUAAUACAAGUAAAUUAGAAUUAAUUUUAUCGUGCUCUCCAUUGCUAUGGUACUAACCGAUCUUUAAAUACUGUAGAAUUUUUGCUACUGAAUAAUGUUUUUUAGGAACAAAUAUACGAGCAACGUUAUAAUUUA